AUGGCACGAAGACAACGCGGUAGAAGGACGGAGGGUGGUGUACAAGGACCAUCGUCUGCAUUGACCGCAUUCUUAAAAAGCGAAGGUAUCACCGACGCGUUCAGAGCAAGACGUGAACGUGAGCGUGAACAACAAGUUGCAAACAACCCAACUGAAGAGCCAGAGACAUUAGAAAGCGGUUCAGAAGGAAGUGAUGCAAAUACACCAUCAAGGACAGGGACACCUGAAGCAGCAAAUACACCAUCAAGGACAGGGACACCUGACUCAGCUGAGCAAUCGAGGCGCGCUUCUUCCCAAGUUAACAUUGAACAAGUGGGCGAAAAUAGAAGUGGUCAUGGCGAUAACAAUGUCGGAGUUGAUCAAAAUGAAGACGAUGACGAUGACGACGACGACGAUGAUGAAAUAAGGCAAAUGAAGAGAGCUGCAAAACGGAAAUUGCGAGCUGCUCGACGUGGUGCAGGAUCUAAUGGAACAAAAAGACGUACUGCUCCUGGGGAUGGAAGUGAUGGCGAUGACAGUGAUGAUAGUGAUAAGAAUGACAACGAUGACUAUAAUGAUGAUGAUGAUGACGAGUUACAAAAUGUUGACAUGAAAAAGUUUGGUGAGGACGAUACUUGUGUAGAUUGUGGUGACCGAUUUGAAUUAUCAGUAUAUUCUCGAUUCAUCAAGGAAAAGACUGGAUAUUUAUGUGAUUCAUGCAACCAAGUGCUUCGCGAACGUGAACGCAAGGCUAAAGCCAAUCAACUAGCUGCUAGGAAGAAGAGAAGGAAAGUUGCACAAGCGCUAUUAAAUAAAAGUACGGUUAAAUUACCCAAAUUGCAGGAUGUAUGCAUCAAAAAGAUAACUCAGAAUAUAGAAGAUGUUGAUGCUUUGGGUGACAUUGGACAGAUGAACCUUAACAAGAUAGCAAUGAUCUUGUCCAAGAACAGAUCAUUGAAUGAUAAAACGAUAUCGCUUUUUCUAUCGCCCGAUCUAAAGCACCUUGAGUUCUGGGACUGUUCAAACGUGGACUCGGAUUCAUUGAAUAAGAUUGCUUCUUUUUGUCCCAACUUGGAAUCCUUGACUUUGUUUAUGUGCGGUCAAUUACAUAACGACAAUUUGGAAUAUUUUGCAUCUAAUUUGAAGCAUUUGCACUCAUUAUCACUAAAUGGCCCCUUUUUGAUAAGUGAUCGAAUGUGGCAAUCAUACUUUGAGCAAAUAAGAGGCAAGUUUGUCAAAUUUGAAGUUAGAAACACGCAUAGAUUUGGAAAUGAAUCGUUGUUGAGCUUGUUGGAAUGCUGCGGAAAUGAAUUAACCUCUUUAAAGUUAUCAAGACUAGAUGGUAUUACAAAAACAGAAGCCUACCAAGAGAUACCGAAAUAUAUUAGUAGAAACAAACUUGUUGAACUUGAGAUUUCAUACCCUACAAACGAAGAUUUGAUCACUGAUGAAUUGUUAAUUGAUAUUCUUGCCAUCACGGGAGAGUCUUUGAAUUAUUUAAACGUUGAUGGUUGCUCGGGCCUAACUGAAAAAUUUCUACUCGAAGGUGUUAGCAAAUAUUGCCGUAACCUCACUCGAUUAUCAAUGAAAAAUCUAGACCAAGUAUCAAACGAAGGUUUUGCAAAAGCUUUUGAAAAAUUUUCCAAAGUCAAUGCUGGUGGUUUACUUGAAAUUAAUUUAAUGAAGUGCACAGAUCUCGGUGAUGAUGCGCUAUAUGCAUUAUUCAACCAUUCUUGUCACACUUUAGUAGAGAUGAGUAUCAACUCUUUGUACAGGGUAUCCAAAGACUUUUUGUCGCAGAUUUUCACUGAAGAUGCACAUCAAUUUAAGAUCAAUUUGCGAAACAAGGCAAAGGAGGAUAGCAGCAUUGCCCACUUUCACGCAAUCAAACUUCCCUUACUCACGUACUUGGAUGCAUCAUUUGUAAGAGCAGUUGACAACGAGAUCUUAACAUUGAUUAGUGAAAACUGCCCAAAAUUACAGAUUAUCGAAGUAUAUGGAGACAAUAGAUGCACCAACAAAGCUGUAUUUGAAGAUAGUUUAAUGGUAAUUGGACGCCAAACAGAUGAUCUUUAG